AUGGCCUCUAUAUCCGCCGCCAGGUCGCUGCCUGCUGGCCACCAGCCUACUACUACGCAUGACCAUGCGCCGCUUACACAAUCAAGGGAAACUGGAGAUGUUAAUCCAGAGUCUAUUCAAGGAGAACCGAUAGUGAACCGCGACAAGGCGGCACCAAUAUCGAAGACAUGGGCGCACAUGGUGGCAGGAGGAAUCGGCGGCAUGACAGCUGCGACCUUGACUGCACCAUUGGACGUACUUAAAACGAGACUGCAGUCUGAUUUCUACCAAGCGCAGCUCAAAGCUUCGCGAGCGGCACACACGGGGCACAUGAACCCUCUCCGGACUGUCGCAUUCCACUUCAGGGAAACCGUGUCCAUCCUUGGUACUGUAUACCAACAGGAAGGACCUCGAGCCCUCUUUAAGGGCCUUGGCCCGAACCUCGUUGGUGUCAUUCCUGCCCGGUCGAUCAACUUCUUUACCUACGGCAAUGGCAAGCGCUUGAUCAGUGAGCACCUCGCUAAAGGGGACUCGGAUUCUGCUUGGGUGCACCUCAGUGCAGGUGCAAUCGCGGGUAUCGUCACCAGCACGGCAACAAAUCCCAUAUGGAUGGUUAAGACCCGCCUUCAACUCGAUAAGAACAUGGCUAUCGAGAGCGGCGGUGUUACAAAGCGCCGGUACAAAAACAGCAUUGAUUGCAUUAGGCAGGUCGUGCGUGACGAAGGCAUUCGCGGACUCUACAAGGGAAUGAGCGCAAGUUAUCUUGGUGUGGUUGAGUCAACCAUGCACUGGAUGCUGUAUGAGCAGAUCAAACAGGCAUUGGCUAGGAGAGAGGAGCGCAUUGUGCGUAGCGGCAGGCCAAAGACCUGGUGGGAUCAUACGGUUGAUUGGACAGGGAAGUUUGGCGCUGCAGGCUUUGCGAAGUUUGUGGCGGCUGUCUUGACAUAUCCACACGAGGUUGCCCGGACUCGACUCCGCCAGGCUCCUCUGGCUGAUGGCAGGCCCAAAUACACCGGCCUUGUCCAAUGCUUUAAGCUGGUGUGGAAAGAAGAAGGCAUGCUUGGCCUAUAUGGAGGAAUGACACCUCAUCUUCUCCGGACAGUUCCUAGUGCUGCCAUCAUGUUCGGCAUGUACGAAGGAAUCCUACGGCUGCUCGGCACUAAGGCGUAA